CUCAACACCAACCUCAAUUAAGUUGUCCAACAUAUCCUUCCACUGGGCGAUCUCAAUCUCCCAGUCUUCCCAACUUUUCCUUCCAUCAUCUGUGGCUCUGUUGGUCUGACCACAAACGAUGCACGAGAAGGAAGUGGCCUACUCCACUUCGGUGGCUGAUGAAGCAGCCCCGGAGGAAACCGCCGCUCACCUCAAGAACCUGAAACUCCAACAUCAGUGGGAUCCCAACCUCCCUGAUGAAGUCGCCGACGAAAUCGAUGAAGCCCUCCACACCACCGACAAAGGGGCCCUCUCCGGCAUGGCCCAUGAGCUGCUGGACGAUUCGCCCUACCCCGAAGUCCGCGCUGCCGUGCCGAACUAUGACGAAGGGGGCCACACCAACACCAUUCGCGCCUGGACCAUCGGCCUGAUCUUCGCGACGAUCGGUUCGGCUUUGAACAUGCUCUUCUCCAUGCGCGACCCUUACAUCGUCAUCCCCUCAUAUGUCGCCCAGGUGGUCGCCUACCCCGUAGGUAUGGCUUGGUCCAAGGUCAUGCCCAACAAGCAACUCAGUCUGUUUGGACUCAAGUUCAAUCUGAACCCGGGUCCCUUCAGCAAAAAGGAGCAUGCGCUCAUUGUCAUUAUGGCCAACGCCACGUUUGGUGGUGGUGCAGCUUAUGCGACGGACGUUCUGCUGGCUCAGCGCGCCUUCUACAAGCAGCGCUUCGGAUGGGGCUUCGAGAUCCUGAUGUGUAUCUCGACCCAGAUGCUCGGCUUUGGUCUGGCGGGAUUCUUCCAUCAGUUCUUGGUGGCCCCCGCGGCUAUGAUUUGGCCGUCCACUCUCAUCAAUUGCGCUCUCUUCACCGCGCUCCACGAUACUCGCAAGCCAGAUCCAUCCAAGGUCAAUGGCUGGAAGAUCGGCAAGUACCGUUUCUUCCUGUACGUGAUGAUCGGGUCCUUCUGCUGGUAUUUCUUCCCGGGUCUCAUCGCGCCGUUCCUGAGUAUCUUCGCCUGGGUGACCUGGAUCAAGCCCCAGAGCCCGGUGGUCAAUCAGCUCUUCGGCGGUUCGACUGGCUUGUCACUAAUUCCCAUGACAUUUGACUGGACGCAAGUCUCGGGCUUCAACUUCAGUCCCCUCAUUGCCCCCUGGCAUGCGAUUGCCAACACCCUCAUUGGCAUGGUGAUCUUUUUCUGGAUCACGACCAUCGGCAUUCAUUUCAGCGGACUGUGGUAUGGCAAGUACUUGCCUAUCAGUGAUUCCAGCAGUUACGACAACACGGCCAGCUCGUACAACGUGACUAAAAUUAUGACCUCGGACUUCACUCUGGAUGUGAAGGCGUACGAAGCAUACUCCCCCCUGUUCUUAUCCACCACAUUUGCCCUGUGCUAUGGUCUCUCAUUCGCCACCAUCAUCGCCCUCCUCGUCCACACCGGACUGUUCCACGGUAGCGAACUCUGGGUGCGUUUCCGCAAGUUCGGUCAGGAAGAGGAGGACGUCCAUGGCCGCCUGAUGGCUCGCUUCAAGCCGGUGCCCCUCUGGUGGUACGCCGGAAUUCUGGUUGCCAUGUUGGCCGUUGGUCUUGGUCUUGUGCUGGGUUAUCCCACUCACCUGAGCUGGUGGGCUUUCUUCGUCUCGGUCAUUCUUGCUGUGAUUUGGUACGUGCCCAUUGGGAUUAUCCAGGCAUCGACCAACAUCGCCAUCGGACUGAAUGUCUUGACCGAGUUCAUCGUCGGGUAUAUCCAGCCGGGCAAGCCCAUGGCCAUGAUGCUGUUCAAGACCUACGGUUACAUGAGCAUGUACCAGGGACUCUACUUCAACCAGGAUAUGAAGCUCGGUCACUACAUGAAAGUCCCCCCCCGGGUCUCUUUUGCUGGACAGAUGGUCGCUGGUGUCUGGUCUUCGAUUGUCCAGAUCGCCGUGAUGAACUGGGGUCUCUCCACCAUCAAGGACGUCUGCAGCCUGGACCAGGUUAACAACUACACCUGCCCCAACGGUCGCGUCUUCUUCAACGCCUCGGUGAUCUGGGGUCUCAUUGGCCCGCAGCGCAUCUUCUCUCCGGGGCAGAUGUAUGUCAACCUGCAAUGGUUCUGGCUCGCGGGGGCCCUUCUGCCCGUGCUCAUCUAUAUCGGCGCCCGGAUGUACCCCAAGUCCAACAUUCGGUUCCUCAACGCGCCACUGAUCUUCGGGGGUGCUGGUCUCAUCCCCCCGGCCACCCCGCUCAACUACCUCAGUUGGGGUCUCGUCGGCAUGAUCUUCAACAAGUACAUCCGCGACAAGUUCCGUGGCUGGUGGAUGCACUACAACUACAUUCUGUCCGCCGGUCUGGAUGUCGGAUUGGAUCUGUGCACCAUCUUGAUCUUCCUGACCAUUGAUCUCACUGGGGCCAGCUUCCCCUCGUGGUGGGGAACGAACAUCGCCGAUGGGACGAUGGAUACAUUGGGUACGGCUGUGCAGGUGGUGUUGACGAACGGUACCUUUGGCCCGACCAAGUGGUAAUCCCCGCUUCGAUGCCUGGUAGUACAUCUGAUUCGGACUGAUGGCAUUGAAUCAGUCUCAGGGGCUGUGGCAAGGAGGGGCCGAGCGGCCGAUCGAGGCGAAAUGUAGCCGCCAGUGGAUCUGGCCGGAGAUGUGAUUUAUGAUCCCGACGAACAUCUCGCUGUAUUAUGAUUAUGCUAUAAUUCCUAAUUCCAUCUGUUGGUGAUCGAGCUGCGGUACCUGUGGUGAUAUGUGUAUGCUCGCUAGUAUUUUGACGCGUUCAUUUUGUAUCAUAGCCUUGAAGCACUUCGCCCCGCGAUGACAGGCCUCUUUCGGCACCCAAGGAGGCACAAGCGGCUCCUCUCUGCGCGUCCUCAUCCUCUGCAUCCUUGGGUGAAUCUGUAUUUGAC